UUUUCCCUUUUCCCCUCAGUCUGUGAGGAGGAUGGAGCUGGAAAUCUAAACAGGGCAGCUGGAGCCUGCAGAGUUCCAGUGAAGCUCCGACCCUGACCUUCUUUCCCACUGAGCCCGUCACCAAACCUCCCUGAUCUCUCAGUCACUCCUCUGACCAUCACAUCAGCACACCAUGAAGAUCUGGGUUGUGCUUUGUUUGGCACUGCUUUGGUUGGAGCUCCACGGUGGUAAGUGACUGCCAACAAGUCAAGCGAAGAAAAGAUGUAGGAGAGAACCGCAUCAGACCAGGGGGGAAGCGGGUGAAGAUGCGACACCCCAAAAUUAAGGAUGGAGGGGGGAAAGGCCAGUCCCUGCUGACCCAGGUCUUAGAUAAGGGCCGCUUCCUUCGCCUAGGCCAGAGCACAACUCUGACUCCAGGGAAGAACAUAGAGCUGCGCUGCAAAGGCAACAACAUUGGGUGGUCGUACCCGACCUACCUGGACACCUUCAACGACUCACGCCUCAGCAUCAAGCAGAGUGACAAGUACGGUCAGCUGAUCCUGACAUCACCUUCUGCUGCUGACACGGGGUCGUACAGCUGCUGGGUGAUAGUGUGUGAUGGGACAGAAUGUGAUAAGGACCACGAACGCACCUAUGUCUCUUACGUCUAUUUCAUAGACAAAGACAACCUCUUCGUCCCCUCUGCCAUCCACUUUGAGAUUGUGUACUUGCGCCCAGACAGUCCCGCUGUGGUGCCCUGUCGUGUGACCGACCCACAGGCCAUAGUGACCCUGCACAGAGAAGUCCCUCCAGAGGAGAUCACAGCCAACGACACACUGGUGACCUAUGACCCCACCAAGGGGUUUGUCUUGCAGAGCCCCAGUUCAGAACACCAGGGAGUCUUCUACUGCAAGGCUGUGACCAAGGGCACCCCUCAGAUCUCUGUAAAGUACCAGCUACUCUAUGUGGAGGUUCCCAGUGGUCCACCAUUUGUGGGCCUUGAAGCGUCUCCAGAGUCUGUGAGAGGAGGAGACAACCUCAAUGUAACCUGCACCGUGCUGGGGGAGCCAGAGGUGGACGUGAGCUUCACUUGGUCUUAUCCCGGUCAGGACCGUCGUCCCGUUCACAUCUCCACUUCGUGGCGGCUGGUUAACAGAGGUAUGGGCCACACCACACGGGUCUCCCAGAGUGUCAUGACUGUAGAGGACAUGGAGACCAUUGACUUUGGAAAGUACAUCUGUAAAGCCAAAAAUCCACACGGUGAGACAAUCCUGAUGAUCAACAUCAUCUCCAAAUAGUCCCAACAACAGGCCUGGUGUUGUGUUGUGUUUGAUGUUGCAGUGUUUUUGACAUAUUGUUAAGAUGUUAAUGUAACACACUGACCAGUGAGAUGAAAUCAACAUGUAUAUACUUAAAAUGGAUGUAUUUUUAGAUUGCAGAGGGUAACAAUAAAGGUUUGUUAUGAACUUCA